CUGGAGACUUGGGGAAACAUGUUGCCACGCGGCAUAAAGGUGGGGAGCCCGUGAGGCUACAGAUAAUGAAUAACGCUAUGGUAUAUCUAAAACCCCGGCCACUUGUCCUGCAUUGACUGAAGAUUGGUACCUUUAUUUCCUUCUCAUUGCAAUUGCAAACCACACACUUCUUCCUCCUUCAGGCAGCAUAGUAUGCCCCUUUCGCCAAGAUGAUCGGAUCAGCAGCAAAUCUACGCCCUUUCUUUGGGCUUCGAGGUUUGCGUCUCAAGCUGGCCAUGAUUAUGCUAGUUGUGGCUCCGAGCUUUCUUCUCUUCGGCUUCAACAAUGGAUCUACAGGUGGUGUCGGACAUCUCGAAUCCUUCGUCAAGGUCAUUUACCCCCUGCCAAAGGUCUUCCCGAGCAUCGACACAAUCAACACGACUGGCGCAGAGAAAAGCCACAAAGCAACCAUUUUAGGUAUGGAAGCCCCUGUCGUAAUGAGAAAACUUGCAGCUCAAUAUCGUUCAGGUGUUGUCACUGCUUGUUAUGAUUUGGGGGCCGUUGGUGGUGCAUUGUCCUGCAUUGCGUUUGGGGACAGGAUCGGCCGAUUACGAUCCAUCUUCGCAGGCCUUGUCCUCGCGGUCAUUGCGCUUGCGCUCGAAUCUUCUGCAUACUCUUUGGCUCAAUUCGUUGUGAGCAGACUCUUGAUUGGAGGAGCCAUAGGUAUCAUCAGCGCGUCAAUACCAAUCUGGCAGACCGAAUGCGCAACUACAAAGCACCGUGGAAUGUUCGUCAUCGUCGAAGGCAUCUUCAUCAGUGCGGGUAUUGCCAUGUCUGAGUGGAUCGCUUUUGGCUUUUCCGAGGCCUUCGACAACUCUGCACAAUGGCGCGUCACCAUUGUCUUUCCUGUCUGGCUGGCCUUUUUCGUUAUGCCAGUGCUCUUUUUCAUGCCCGAGUCGCCCAGAUGGCUUGCGCGGAAAGGCCGAUUUGAGGAAGCUCGCAGCAUCAUUGCCGCCGUUAUGGACAAGGACAACGAUUCCCACGAGGUCAACGCCGAGAUGAACCACAUUGAGUACACUUUGGAAAGCACUCGAGGAGACAUGAGCUUGCUUUUCAAGAAUACAAAGGAAAGGUAUCUGCAUCGGGCUAUAAUUGCGGCAUGGGCUCAAGCCAUGACGCAACUUUGUGGCUGUUCUGCAUUGAUCUUCUACACGGGAACAACAUUUGCAGAUCUUGGUUAUACCGGGAAAGCCGGCAGCUUUCUCAGCUGCGGUUUUACGUCGACUUUCACGGUAGCAGCAUUCAUUCCCCUAUGGACCGUGGAUCGUUUCGGGCGACGAAGACUCUUUAUGUUGUCGCUGUCAGGGUUGGCGAUUGCCAUGGCCGUGAUGGCCGGCACCAGCAACGAGCCGCGGCUCGCUAAGGUCACUGUCGCCUUCAUGUUCAUAUAUGCCUUCUUCUACCCUCUCGGUUUCCUCGGACUGCCUUUCCUCUACGCUGGAGAAAUCUCUGGCUUGAAGAUGAGAAUGCCUAUAUCGGCUAUUGCGGUAUCUGCGCAGUGGCUCAGCCAGUUCGUUGUCGGCCAAGUAACGCCAGCAGGAACGGCUAACUUGAGCAAUCGAUAUUGGAUCAUCUAUGCGGUCCUCAACGCAGCCUUUAUCCCUUCAGUCUAUCUCUUCUUCCCGGAGACGAACGAUCGGUCUCUGGAGGAGAUGGAUCGGAUCUUCGAUCAAUCGUCAAUAUUCAACGUGGUCAGGCAUGCGAAGGAACUUCCGAGAGAAAGUCAAGUCGAUUCGGCCACGAUUGAGGAGAAAUACAAGCAUCACGUUGAGUACGCGUCACCACACGAUCCCACCCCUGACAACAUCCGUGGACAGGUGGUGGCUGAGCAUGUCGACGCAAAGUAA